GGACAAAGCGGGCUUGUGGGGCCGGCCCCUCCCCCGCAGCUGCCUGGACCUCGGCCCGCAGCCCGGACCGCUCUCGGCGCGGCUCCCACUGCUCAGGGCUGCCCCGCCUGGGUGGUGGCCUGGUAGGAUUUCCUGCGGGAGGAAGCACUUUGGGGGUCACCGAAGGGCCACAGGGAAGGCCUUGGGGUUGACCUGACCCCCGCCCCCGGGAGGUGUCGGGGGCUGCACCCUGGAACUGGGGCCUGAAAGGGGCUGACAUCCAGGAAGCAGAUGGGGAACUGAGGCCCCACACCCUUCCUCCUCCUCCUCCUCUUCUUCCCCCUCUCCCCCCUGGCCUGGGCUGGCGAAAAGUUAUUUUGGACCACUCCUGACCGGGUGGGGGCUGGGUGGGUGGCCCUGCAGUCCCCAGGGAGCCCGGGGCUGGAUGGUUGUCUGUUUUGUCAGAUGGGCGGCAGGAGGCCCCAGAGGCCGCGUCCAGGCCCUGAGCUGCUCUAGCACUGCAGACCUGCAGAGAGUGGACCGCAGACAUGGCCCAGCCGCUGCCUUUAGUCCUCAACGCUCCCGAGAGGGAAGGGGAAGGGGAGCAAGACCAGGAGCCCAGCCCUAAUGAGGAGAGCGAAGUGCACGACUCCUUCCACCAGCUCAUCCAAGAGCAGAGCCUGCGGGCAGCCGAGGAGGGGCUGGAGCUGCGGCCGCUCACCAGGACCCCGCGGGAUCCAGGCCAUGCCCACCAGACCCUCCCGGGGCCCAAUGGGGGCCCCGUCUACAGCGCGGCCACGCUCCGAGUCCUGGCCAGCAUGCCCAGCCGCACCAUUGGCCGCAGCAGAGGAGCCAUCAUCUCCCAGUACUACAACCGCACGGUGAGACUGCGGCACCGGAGCAGCCGGCCGGUGCUGGGGAACGUGACGCGCUCUGCCCGCCCCAGCCUCCGCCUCUAUGACCUAGAGCUGGACCCUGGGUCCCUGGAGGAGGACGAGAAGCGGAGCCUCCUGGUGAAGGAGCUCCAGGGCCUCUCGGUGGCCCAGCGGGACCACACGCUCCGGGGGAUGCCCCUGAGCCUGGCUGAGAAGCGCUGGCUGCGAGAGGAGAGCUGCGCCUCUCGGGGGAAGCCGAGGGGCCGGCAGGGCCGUGGGGUGUCGUGCUGCAGCCGGCUCAGAUACGCCUGUAUCCUGGGGCUGCACAGCCUGGGGCUGCUGCUGCUCUCCGGCCUGCACUACAGGCGCCCGUGGCACUACGCCUUGAAACAGAUUGGCGGCCAGUUCGGCUCCAGCGUGCUCUCCUACUUCCUCUUCCUCAAGAAGCUCCUGGCCUUCAAUGCCCUGCUGCUGCUACCGCUGCUGGCCUUCACCGUGGGCGUGCAGGCCGCCUUCCCACCGGCCCCGCCGGACCCAUCCCGCCCCGCCGCUUCCUUCACCGGGCUGGAGCUCCUCACUGGCGGGGGCUGCUUCACCCACACUGUCAUGUACUACGGGUACUACAGUAACACCACGCUGAACCAGCCGUGUGCCCCACCCCAGGAUGGCAGCCAGUGCAGCGCCGGGGCAGGCAGCCUGCCCUACAGCAUGCCCUUGGCCUACCUCUUCACUAUCGGAGCAGCCUUCUUUAUCACCUGCAUCACGCUGGUGUACAGGUAGCUGACCUCUGACACGUGAGCACCAUUCUGCCAUCCAUUACCUGUCCGUCAGUCUGUCAGUCCAUACACACACCCAUCCACCCAUCGACCCAUCCAUCGACCCAUCCAUCUAUCCAUCCAUCCAUCCAUC